UCGAAAAUGAGCAAGCAAGGAGGUAAAGCAAGGGCAAAUCUACCGGCCGGUGGAUUCCUGGCAAUUGGCCGCGACAUGUCAAGCAGCUCUGAUUCGAGCCGAGUGAAAACUCAGGCUAUCAAGAGAGAUUUACCUCAGGUACAAUAA